AGAAUCGAUAUGGAAGACAUAAAGACAGUACAUGAGACUUUUGUUGGCGAGAAGCAGGAUGUGGUUAUUAACCCAAGAGGACCAUUGAAUCUGCUACGUGGAUACAUUGGAAACCAGAAUGGAUACAUGUACAACAAGCGGUUUUUUUCUUCUGAAAUAGACACAGACUAUAUACUUUCUAAGAAAGAAAUAUCUGAUGAAAACGAACAAGAGUACAACUUUAAAAGAAAGCCAGUGAAUGACAGAGUACACAAAGACAUGGACACAAAAACCCCAGAAGGCAGGUAUCUUAGCAUGUAUCACACCCUGCUGAUAAAGAUGUUUCCGUCUGCAGAUGGAGACCUCUCCAUUGAGGCAGGAAGGUCAAAUGCACUUACAAACUUCCUAAGAGCAGAUCAUGUUAAAAAGGACACAAAGUACAUCCUCGCUGCGCUGCUGCUGCUCUCAGAGGGCGUUGACAUUAAAAUAGCAGUAGACUACAAAGGAAAGAAAAAUAAUCUUGUCAUAAAAAGUAAGACGUGCAAGAAAAAAGUAUUUGUAAAUGUAGAAAUGCAUACUGCAGGUAUAGACCCAGUUACUAAUGAGCACAGUGAAAACAUCUACCAAAGUGAGGCGGCUGGAAUUGUUAAGUUCUAUAUGCAGUGCAAAGACAAUUCAUUGCUAAAGAAAGGAGGUGAGUUUGCAAUGCCAGCCACAAAAGAAGAGUUUGAAAGUGGAAAGUUUCUGAAUAAUGCAGCCUUCCUUAUACAGACAUACAUCUACGAGUUCAUUGACACAGCAGAAGACUACAAAAACUUUGUAGAAGCAGCGCAUGAACUACUGGUUGACCAAGUAACUGAAAAGGAGAACCCGGAGCAGACGAAGAAGAAGGGUAAAAAGGGCAGAAUAUUUGAUGAGCUUUUCGUUGCAAAAGAAGAACUUAGUGAAAAUAUAAAGUACAUUGAAAAAUUCUAUAGCUUUAUAAAAGUUAAAAAUGAAAAUACUAAUUUUCCCUUCUACAGUGAUAGUCAGCUGCCGAAGUAUACUAGAGUGCCGCGUUGUAAACUAGACAAGUCGGGCUUUGAGAAGAACCAAGCCUUAUACUAUAGCAACUGCGUAGAGACAGCUCUGCUUGGGCUGUUCUGCUGCCUGGCAUAUAAUCCAGAAACCGGAGAGUAUGAGACAGACCACAUGGGAGAGGGAGUAAGUGAUGAGUUGAGAGACUUCUUUGGAGACUAUCCUAAGCCAACAGAAAUCACAAACUUUGAAAUGCACAAACAAUGGAGUAAAGUUGUUGCUUGCUUAAAGAAUGAAAAGAUUGACUACAUGCAGAUUAAAAAUGAACUUUUCCCUGGGGUUGGAAAUAUAUUUCUGGUAAUUGCAGAAAUAACAGGCCAGAAAGCAGAUAUAUUAGAGCUAGUUGAAUGUAUAGAGAAUGAAUGCAGAACAGGAGAAUUAGAUAAUAAGCAAAAGGAAUACAUAUCAAAUAAGAUAGAAUCGAUUGUUAAGGCUUUGUCAAAGAAUAAGAAUGUGAGAGUAGAGUGCAAACAAAUGAGACUUAAGACAAGACCAAAUGGAAAGGCAGAUAUUUUCGCUGAGAUUAACAUUAUUUAUACUUUCGGUAAAGCAUAUAAUGGAAUUUCUUUGGAUAUAAUACAAGAACAUGCAAAUCUUGUUCUUCUUCCAUCUUCAAAUACUAGCUCUGCAUAUAUUAAAAAAAAGUAUGAAGAAGUAAAAAAUAUUUACAGCGGUAUAAACUGCUAUAUAGGAUACAUUGCGGAUCAGUACAUUAGUGCAGAGUUAGAUGUUUUAAGUUGUAGUGAUUAUGAUCUCCGUGUAAAAUUUGCGGACAAAAUAUUCCAGGCUAUACCGGAAGGACCCGAAUGCAUAUCUAAAAUAUCCGUAUUAGGAAAGCUUGUUUCCUAUCAUGUUAAAGGCACUAUUAUAAUGGAUUUUAUAAUCUCUACCAUAGAUAAGGAAGUGGGCCCAACAAACCCUCUAACACGGUUUACUGCAAACAUUUUAGGAAGUGUUCCGCUCAAUGAUUAUGUAUCAAGACGUUUAAUGAUGCUGCUCUUCCCAUUUCACGCAAGCUGGCAGAAAUUCUAUCCAAGGCUUGGAUUUAAGCCAUCAGAGCCUAUCCCCAAAGAAGAUGCUAUUUGGAUUCGUCUAUCAGAACUAAAAGAAUGGUUAUGCGAUACUAUAAUAAGGCAUUUUUCAGAGCCUGCAGCAUCAAAAGCCAUAUGCAACUAUCUUAGAGCAACUGUGAAUAACCCAAGGAUGAUCGAUGUAAGUGUAGAAUUUAUAACCCGACCGGUUCUAAUUCAUCGUAUCAUGUCUAAUGCGAUGAUAGAAGACUUGGUGGAAAUUCAAUCCAAUAUCGAAGAAUAUAUGAAAGAACACAUGAAAGACUACAAUUUAAACUAUGUGUAUAUUAUCUGGUUUAUCCAUGUAUGCUCAGAUGAUUCUAGGUUCUCAUUAGAAUCUGCUAAGACAGUUUAUGACUUUAUAGUCUUUGAUGAUUAUCCAAGCCCAUUUAAGUUUAAAAAAGAAAUGUCAGGACCCGCGGAAUACUUUGAAAAAUCUCUAAGUACUUUAGAAGAAAAUAAAACACUUUUCUGCUCGGAGGAUGACAGAAAAAGUAUGGAAAAGUACGAUGCUAUGUUAGAAUACUUCUCGGAAUUCUGUUGGUUGCACAAGAAAUCUAAACACUUACCCUGCACUAUAAGUUGA